CAUAUCUCCUGCUCUUUGAUCUCAGUUCGCCCUUCGAUUUAGUGGAGGCCAUCGCGUCCUCGACCAUCCCUGACUUGCUAUUUCGCUUCGAUCGGCUCAGCUUCUUGAAUAUCUGGGACCUGCCUCUCGAUUUUGCCUCACCAAAAAUCAGAGGAGAAAAAGUAAGUUGUUCGAGUCUGAAUGGCGCAAGAGAGCUGGAAAAAGGAUACCGAACAAACUGACUGCGAAACCCCUGAAGUCCCCAUUUUAUGUGCAAACAAAUGUGGGUUUUUUGGAACUGCCAUGAACAAUAACCUCUGCUCCAAAUGCUACAAGGAUAUUGCCAUGAAACAUGAGUCAAUGGUUUCUUCCCCUAUUACAGAAUUGGAGAAACCGAAGAUUGUUCCAUCUUCUUCUGUGCAGAUCAACCACACUGAAGGUUUGAGUAAAGGGGAUGGGCCAAGUGAGCCCAAGGUUGUUGAUGAUCAACUGAAGGGCUUGUUGAAGAAGCAAUCAGCUAACCGAUGCACCCAAUGCCAGAAAAAGAUAGGUUUGAUUGGCUUCAAAUGCCGGUGUGGCGGCGCCUUUUGUUCCUCUCAUAGGUACCCUGAGGCACAUGAAUGCUCAUUUGACUACAAGGCCGCUGGCCGUGUGGUGUUAGCCAAAGAGAAUCCUGUUGUGAUGGCAAAGAAGUUGGAGAAAAUUUGAAGUCAUAGUUCUUGAAUAGGGAUACGAAGGCAUGUUCUUUGGAAAUCAGAUAGCCAAGUCUUUAUUCUUCGAAUUGAAGAUGGUAGUGCGCUUUUGAUGUAAAAAGAAACUUUUAUCAAAUGUAUGGGUUUAACCCUGUUUAAGUCAAUAUGAAUAUUAUAGCAUCCU